AUGGCAAAAUUCAAGAAGCCCCGUGGGAUCCGGCACGACCGCGAUUGCCGGCGCUGCAAACUCAAGGGCAUCAAAUGUGAUUUAAACCGCCCUCGAUGCCAGGCGUGUUUACAAGGCGGUGCCGCAUGCUAUUACCCCCAGCGAGUGGUCUGGAUGGAAGAGAAAAGCACCCGAGGAUCAAGCUUGAAGUCCAUACCACGUAGUUGGAAACCCCAAACUACACUUGAUGUGGUCAACACGCAUCGAAUUUCCAGCCAUUAUCCCGCAGUCAACUUGUAUAGCUUCGUCGACCUACUCGCCGACUUCUACCAACAAAUCCAGUCCCGCAGCGGUAGCAUCCCAGACGACGCAAUCCAACUCAUCUUCCGCACCUUGAGCUUUGCCCGCUCACGCCUCCACGACGCCAACCAUGAUCACUCGAUCCAGUCUCAUGUGGUGGCACUGACAAACCUCAGAAAGCUCAUUGAGUCGGCGGACCCCAUCGCACUAUUUGGGAUCGCCACAUUUGCCAUAUUCGAGGUCUGCUGUGGCUCCUUUGGGAACUGGCACUGCCACCUGCAAGGCGCGCACUCUUUGCUGGACCUGCACUGCCGGAACACGGCCGAUUUCUAUGAGCUUUGUCGGGGUACCCCGGGACUCGCAGAGGUCCUCGCCUAUCUGGUAUGGUUUGAUGCGACGGGUGCCUUGGUCCGAGAUAGCCAUUUGAUCUUCGAGGACUGGCACCGCGAUACUCUCCUGCCUAGCUUCUUUGACUCGGUUGGGUGUCCGCCGGAUACAUUCCAGCUGUUUGUAUAUCUAGUCAAGCAGGAAGAGUCUUCUAUCUCGGGCUCUGUAGAUCUCAGCGCUAGGGCGAUGGAUCAGAUCUUACGCCUGGACUCUGGUGAAUCGAGUGACCGCGGCUUGGCUGCUAUCGUGUACCGGUGUGCGGGGGCUAUCGUGGCGUUCAGUCGUGCGGGGAGUCCAGUGGAUCAUGCAGCGACAACGGUCCACGCGAAUGUCAUAUCCUCCAUGGUGGACCGGGUGUGCGAGGCCAUUGCGAGAAUUCCCACCACGUCGCGGUUUUAUGUGCACCUGGCGACCCCGGCGUACUUGACGGCGAAGCAUGCAUGCACUGCUACGCAUUACGAGGUCUUGCGGGCUUAUUGGCAGAAUUGCCGGCGGGGCGAUUUCCCUCGGUAUCCGGAUGCUCAGGCGCAAUGCGAGCGGAGAUGGUGCAGCCGAGUGAUCAGCUAG